GUGAUCAAUACACUUGUGUGUAAAAAGUUGUGGUAAGGUAACUUAUUUUGUAAAUACAUUUUGUGAACAUCUUUGAAAUCAACCAUAAACCGAAUGAUACACCCAUUUUCGAAUACAAUACAUGGAAUACAAGGACGCAAGCAAAGAUGUUUGCUUAGAAGAAAUGCAUCACUCAAUUCACAAAAGAACCUUUCUACUUACCGAUUUGCCCGUUGAAGUACUUGCCAGUAUAAUUGGAUACCUGCCCGUUUCACAACGAUUUAAUUUGAUGCAUACCUGUCGUAUAAUUUAUGAAGCAUGCAAUCAUCCCUUAGCAUGGCACACACAAGAAAUUGUGUCAAAAAAUGCAAAAGGUACCGAUUGUUCUGUUAAUCGAUACUUUCCAAUCGAUUUAAUUCCCGAAAUUUAUAAACAAACGAUAGCCAAAUAUGGCAAAUUCUGCAGAUACUUAAAGUUCUGUAUAAAUAGGUUUGUAAUGAAUAUGAAGGAAUGGAAUACAAUACUUGAUGAACUGAGCAAAAUGUGUCAUCUCAAUGCCUUAGUAUUGGUUAUAGGCAAUGUUUACUAUCCAAUGGGGAAAGGCACUUUCCACAGCGAAAAACCCACUCAAGAGGAGAAUAUUUUGCUUGCAAUCAUUCGUUUUGUUGCUGGUAUAGAUACCAGAAAAUUAAGGAGGUUUGACAUACAUCGAUGGCCUACUACUGUUUAUACUAAAACCGGAUAUGCUCCCAUGGGAAAUGAUGAAAAUAUUUUAAAUAUAAGUAUAAAAACGGGCACCCUGAAGGAUGUGACGCAUAUGAAUUUGUUCUUUCCAGUCAUUGAUAAUGGCCAAACACUUUCUAACAGCGAAUUACCAGAUGUGGACGUCUUUCUAGAGAUUGUGCAGUAUUUUGCAAAUUUAACAGAGUUAGGAUUGGAACAUCGGAGUCUUACGUCUUCACUUUUAGAGGAACUUUGCAAACCUGAUCGACCAAGUUUAAUUCUACUUAAAAUAUUUGUUAAUUAUGAUAAAAUACCAUCUAGACAUACAAAUACAGUGGCUACAGAGAUCAGAUCACCAGUUUGGCGUAAAUUCAGGGAAGCUAACUCGAAAGUUCAUGUAGAAUAUUAUCUCGGUUCUGUUAUGUCAGAAUGUGAUCUUUCAAAUAUACUAAGUGACGAAUGCCCUCUUUCGGCCAUUUCAUUUUUAAAAGGGUCAAAGUGUACGAGUGAAAUGAUUAACCCCAUAAUUGCAAACUUUGACAAAACGCUUAAAAGUUUUAGUAUUUACAGUGAUUUUUGUAACUGCGAUGAAGCCUUUAUACUUCUUACAAUGAAAUGUUCUUUGUUGAAUACGUUUAUUAUUUCCGCUGCUACCAAUUUUGUAUAUGAAGGGUGUAUUAACUACAGAACAGUUGAAAAGUUAGCAGAAUUGAAAGGGAGACAAUGGAAAAAGUAUAAAGUUCAGGAGCAAGCAAUAUCAUUCUUUGAUCAAUCGAUGGCCGAUUCUAAUGAUCGAUGUGACACUGUCAUCGCUCAAGAUUCUCGUGGUAAAUAUUACUUUGUAGAUAUUCAAAGAUAUCGCCAAGAGCCUGCCUCAUGGAAGAAUGAGCGAAAGCCAACCAUGAUAGAAAAUGUCUCAAAAAGCAUUGGUUUUAACAUGGAUUUACGUCAGUAGAUGCUAAGUAGUAAUAAAAUGGAAAUACAUUGA